UCCAAUGGUUGCAGCUGGUAAUUUUCUGUAGAUUCAGUGGGGAGAAUUUCAAUUUAUAUAUCCUUUUACAUUUUAAGCUUUCUCUAUGGGCUUGAUUUCUGUCUUACUCUGUUAAGGCUUUCAUUUAGAACAAAAAGCUAAAACAAGUCAAUGCUUGUUCUCACAUGAUCUUUUGUAACAUCCCUCAAUACUCUGUUUAAGAGUAUUGAGUUGUUCAAGACAUCCACAAUAGCCUCUGAUGGCACAGCCAGUGAUGUUUUAGCGUAACAUUGUUUGUUGAACUAAAAUGUUAUGGUGACAUUAGAUCAAAAUUAAGUUAGAUGGAUUGACAGCUGAAUGUCAAGGCUUUAACAGGUACAUGUGUUUGAUCAGGCUUAAUAGUUUUCAACAUUGGAUACAUUAUUUUGAAUAAUUACAGCAAACAGGAAAAAGCAUAGACACUUUAUUGUGGAUAGGUUUUACUAAGUCCUGUCUGGUAAGAAUGCUGCUCCGCUACAUCAGCCCAGAUGUGGUAUUAUCUGGAAUAUUUUUCCUGACAAACUAACUAUAUACAGCGCUUAAAGUUCUCAGACACCAUGCCUGCUUUCAGGCAUAGAGCAGUUUUAAAUUCAUAUAAUACUUAAUUCAAUACAUUAUGCACAUUUCCUCCUGGACAACUUUUCAGGCUCACAUAUGUUUCUUGCUUUAAUCCGUGUAUAUAGGUCAAAAUGGAUUCGACUUAAAGUUUAUUCUACUAGGACAUUUCAGAGAAAUAAGUCAUAGAAAAUUUGUGAUCUUGCUUGAACAGUCUGAUACUCUUGAUAUUGACUUCUAAUGCAAGACUUACUUACAGCAUCUCUGGGUCAAAGCAGAAUAAAGUGAUACAAAUUAUUUGCUCAUGUACUUUGUGACCCAGGUUUGGUUGCCUUAAAUGGUUGAGACAUGACAGAGGAACUGUAAAAACACUCAUUAGACGCUCUGGGCCCUGGGGGCACGUGGAUCUUUUGUCUGCCUAUGAGAUGCUCUGCGCCUGAGAAAUGUGACACCACACUCUCCUUUUCAAGCCUCUGUGGUUUGAUGUCUCAUGCUGCAGUUUUGGCUUAGAGACCAUUAAUUUGGAGACAGAGGGAAUAUAAAGCAGACUGGAAUAUUUUCCCAAAACUCCCUUUUUUUUUGUAAGAAAUGUCCUCAUGAAAGUGGAAAUCAUAUUGUUUAUAUGAUUGAAUAUCCAGGUCAGUUUGUUUUCCAUAAGAUGUGUUUACAUUUAUGUGUAACAGAGACGUAUACAUGCACCGUGUCUAAUAAGCACUCAGGGCUAUGCAAUAUCAUGUGGCUGUGUUACAAUAGGCUGUUUAUGUGGAUCAGUGGCAGUCUGGGGCAAAAGAGUGGCUGCAGCCAGGCACAGUGCAGAGCUUCUCAGUCGGCCUCAGCCUCGUUUCUUAACUGUAUGUAAAGCAGCCAGAUUUUCAAGCCAUUUUCGACCCGAGGCCAUGUCAUUUACCAAAUGAAUGGCCCUCCUUUCUGGACAGUUGAGCCAGUUACAGUCUAUCAUGCCACGAGACAAGUGAGCCCACAGUAUUACUUUUCACUGCAGAGGACUGUUUUCAAUGGACUCAUUUGCAUACCCUCAGGGCAUGGCACGAGUGAAGCAUAAUAAUAAUACAUGAAACAGUUUAUGGACAUAUUUGAUGGCUGUUACUAAAGAUUAAAUACAGCUUGUGUUCAUCUUUCCAGUCUCAAGUCAUGACUAGGCAUGAUGAGGAACUGUCUUCCUACAUGUUGUUUUACCAACAAAAGGAUCUUUUUUUGUACUGCGUACUCUCACUGCUCUGCUGUAGUUUUAUGACAGAAGUAUUUUAGUCAUGGACAUAUCUGCAGGAAAUAGUUAUCAAAUCUGCAACAUAAUUAUUGAUCAGAUAAGAUUAACAGAAAUUAUUUUGCAGACUUUAUAUUACUGUUUCUUAUCUAACACAACUCUAGCACAGCUAGGAGAUUGCCCACAUUUAUUCAGAUGUUGAAAUUACCUGUUUAUGUGGGUUUUGCACAGUAAUACACCCUCAGAAUUUGUUUAAUAUUCUAUCACCACCUUCACUGUGCUCUAAAGUAGAAAAAUAUGCUUUCUAAAACAACAUAAGUCUGGAUAAGUUUCUUCUUUAUUCUUCAGAGUGCUCAUAAAAGCUAGAUCAGAUAACAAAAAACAUAAUUUGAUGGAAUCAGAGGAGCAAAAAUUGACUAAAAAUGUAAUGCUCUUGCCAAGGAAACCAGCCCCAAUGAAUUGUUUUUGGUCCCACGGGUCAUUAGGUCAUAAAACUCAGCAAAACUUGUCUUUAAAUGAUUUAUCUCUUACGUGUCUUCGUCCUACACUGUAAAGUGAGGUAGCACAAUUGUAGGAAACUAAAGGGGGUUACAUCCAAGGGUGUGUGCUCUGUGUCGGGACUCAUCUGACUGAGUGAUUCUGCUUCUUGUGAUUUACGGUAGACUGAACUGUGGCCUCUCAAGCUGACUCCUGAUGCCUCUAAGAAAGCUGAGUGAGAGUCACACGGUGCUUCCUCUGGCCAGGGGGUCAGGUUUGAGGAGGGCUGAGGACGUGGAAGGGGUCACUGGGCAGGAAGACAACAAGCUGGUGAAGACAGAGGCAAUAUCACAGCUGGACGUCUCUGAUGCUUUUACACUCCUGGAUGGCUCGGUGGGGAACCUUGAUGACCUGGUUCAGGAGUACUCCCAGUAUUACGGCACCUCCCUCAGCGACGUGUGUGAAAGGAUGGAGGAGCUACGGAAACGCAAAGUAGUGCAAGAUACAGAGAUGGGAAAGGUUGACUCAGUGGCCACAUCACUGCAACUCCGCUCUCAGAUCCAGGAAUCUCUUGGACUCAGCAGCACCACAUCCACUCCAGAGAUAGAGAGAAAGUUUCCUGUGCACAAAUCUAGCUCUGAUGAUGGAUCAGGGGGAAAAUGGGAUGGAAAAAGAAAGAGCAAGUCUUUUUGGCAGAGUUUCCGAAAGUCACAGAAAGGAGUGAUGCGUCAGAUUUCUAAGGGUGAUGACGUUGGUUUUGUGGCCAGUGAAAUUACCAUGAGUGAUGAAGAGCGUAUCCAGCUGAUGAUGAUGGUGAAGGAGAACAUGAUCUCUAUAGAGGAAGCCCUGGCACGGCUAAAGGAGUUUGAGAUACAAAACAGACAGACGUGCAGGUUCGAACCCACAGAGUGGACCGACCCCUCCAGUCCCACCAAAACUGAGUUGUUCAACUGCAACCCUUGUGACCUGUCAGACAAUGAACAAGAAGAAUCUGUGACGUUCAGGAGACUCCAUAAACUGGUCAAUUCAACCCGGAAGGUGAAGAAGAAGCUGAUCAGAAUUGACGAGUCUAAGAGGCCCGGAGCAGAGGAGAGCCUGAGUGUAGAUGGGCUUCACUUCGGAGAUGCCAGCACCUCCCUGUACUCAGAUGUGCAGAAGAAGCCAUCAGUUUGCCCCAUAGACUCCCUGGCCUCAGCUCUGCAGGAUCAGCUCACCUACGACAGGGACUCUGACAGCUUGACCACCUCCCCCUCAUCCAGCAGCCUGGACACCUGCAGCAGCCAGAAGAUCUUCAAUGCCUUUAACAAGUCCAGUGCCAGCCCUGUUCAUCAGGAGACAAAUGUAGCAGCGGAGGUGAGAGAGGCAGGUGAAGGCAGCGGCUCCUCCUUUUUUGAAUCGGUCGGCUGCAGUGAUGAGGAACCCAAAAUAGCCCGUUCAGUGACUGAUGGAGAGCUCCGUCACCGGGUCCUCAGCCCACUCAGCCACCAUGGGAGAGCCUGCAGCUUCGGAGGAUUUGAUCUGACCAACCGCCCAAUGCACACAGUCAUCUCAGACAGUGAUGACACAAACAAAGACGGAGACGGUGUGAGAAAUGCUGUUAAGUCUCCACCGACAUCUCGUAUUUCUCUGGGAAAAAAAGUCAAGUCUGUGAGAGAAACGAUGAGAAAACACAUAUCCAAGAGAUACCACUGUUCUCUCUCUGAACAGUCAAGCCCAGACCGUACAUCCAGCUGCCCUCACUCACCUCAGACAGACUCUGACUCUUUGGAGAAACCCAAACUUAAACCAGGAGGGUCUGUGGAAAGCCUUCGGAGUUCCCUUAGCGGACAAAGUUCCAUGAGUGGUCAGACAGUGGGCACCACCGACUCCUCCAACAGCAACAGAGAGAGUGUGAAGUCUGAGGACGGGGAAGAGGAUGAGCUGCCUUACCGUGGACCUUUCUGCGGACGCGCUCUAGUUCAUACUGACUUCACCCCCAGUCCCUAUGACACAGACUCCCUCAAACUGAAGAGCGGAGACGUCAUCGAUAUCAUUAGUAAGCCGCCGAUGGGUACAUGGAUGGGGAUGCUCAAAGGUAAAGUGGGCACCUUCAAGUUCAUUUAUGUGGACGUCCUGAACGAAGAGGAGGUGAAGCCCAAAAAGACACGCAGGAGGAGGAAGGCCCGGCAACCCAAACCCACCUCCGUAGAGGAGCUUCUUGAUCGCAUCAACCUCAAAGAGCAUCUUCCCACCUUCCUUUUCAACGGUUAUGAGGAUCUGGACACGUUCAAGUUGCUAGAGGAGGAGGACCUGGAUGAGCUGAACAUCAGGGACCCCCAGCACAGAGCUGUGCUGCUCACCGCUGUGGAGCUGCUGCAAGAGUAUGAUGGUGGGUCAGGAAGCAGCGAUCCAGAGCGUAGCAGCCAGUCCGGAGGCUCACAGGAGAAGCUGCUCCUGGACAGGCGCGGCCUUAUGGGAGACUCCCCGCGGGACUCAGGCUGCUACGAGAGCAACGAGAACCUGGAGAACGGAAGGGACAAAAAGACAUCUUCAUCCAUGAGCAGGUCCUCCUCCGGUUUCGAGUCAAGCCACCUCCCGUCCCCAGAGUACCCUGCCCUCCCCCUGACCCUCACCUCCACCAGCCCUAGUAAGACUUUACACCCCAGUAAACCAGGAUUCCUGCCCUGUAUCUUACCAUCAGUAAGAACUCCUAAGAGCAGCGUGAGUCUCUUAAGCCCAGGAAAAGGUAUCGCUAGAAGCCGGAGCUGCACUGAGUUAAGAAGAAACCCAACACCGGGGCUGCUGAGACGGUGUUUCUCCCUGACAGGCCUUUACAAAGAGCAGAGCAGAAAACAUCUCGUCCCUAAAGACUGGAAGCUGACUGCUAGGGGCAAGAACGAGGAGAGCACGCAGCACAAAGUAAAUCUUAAAAAACAUUCUGAUGUCAUGUUUACAUCCUGUCAAUCUUCAACCGCAUCAUUUGAUGCUGUGUGCAGCACUUUGAACAAAGACACAACCAACGCCAGCGGCCCUAAACAAGCUGAAACAACACAAAGCGCACACCUCCAGCUACCCGCCACAGUUCCAGCAGAAAGGACCAAUCAUCCUGUAACGACACUUCCCGUACCAUACGGAGAAAUUGCCUGCAGGGACAACUAUACAGGAAACACCUCUUCUGAGGAUAAGAGUGGUCGUUUCAUUUCAGCCAGUUUGGAAGCCCGCCGGCUGAAAACUCAAAGAAACAAGAAGAAGUCCAUUAACUCAGUGAAUCUGGGGUCUCUGGUGGAAUAAAGACUGCAGGGUAUCGAUCUGACAAGGGAGCCAUUUUCUGAAAAGGUAUUGGCUUCAGAAUUACAGUAAGCUGCCACAGUAGUAGUAGUAGCAGAUUUUAUAUAGCUGUUAUUUUGCAGCUGGAUGAUCUUAAAAUGAGUUUUCAUAAUCUUUGAAAUACUGACUUUCUUUAACCAAUGAUUUCUGAAAAUGACUUUCAAAGAUUCAAAAAUACUGUAGUGUGCCAUAAAACUUGUUUAUCUUGAGGAGUUACUGUAUCAGUGGUACACUUUUUUCUUGCAGUAGUAAUAAAAUAGGUUUAAAUGUAUGUAUGUAUGUAUAUUUUAUUUUCCUGUGCUGUCUUUUUAAGUUUCACAUGUGAAUUACACAACAAAGUUUCCUGUUUGUUUUGUUUUUCUCUAAACUUUCAUUUCAACAAACAGCCUAGUAGGAUUAAUUUGACUUCAGGAAACUCAGCCAAAGUUUAUGCAGUGUUCCAACAUGUUUGUAUAUUAAUGAUCUAUCUGUAAACACAACUAAAUCAUGUUCAAGUUUGGUUAGUUAUUAAAUAGUCCACAUAUUCUCUAUUCAGCUGAACCCAUCUGUAGAGACCUGGUCAGAGUCUAACAGUUGUGCAAGCAGCAGCGCUUAGCGAUGAAAAAACAAACAAAAAACAAAGUCUUUAUUAAUAUAUUAUUCAAUGCUGCAUUUACUGUAACUCUGUGUUUUUUAAUUUUAAUUGUCAUACAAGGUCUUUUUUCAACCCAUUUUAUGUAAAGUGUUGACAGAGAAUUUUGCAGUUG